AUCUGGCAACCCUGGAGGCGGGGGACUCACAACAUGGCGGCCGAGCUCGGGAGGACCGUGUGGGAAGGCCGGGACAAAGCCGCCAGUAACGGCCACGAGGAGCUCCUCGUCUUCGGCUAUUCCUGCAAACUAUUUCGUGACAAUGAGAAGGCGUUGUUCCUGGAUAAGGGGAAGCAUCUUAUUCCGUGGAUGGGCAACAGCGAACUGAUGGUUGACAGAUAUGAUGUGCGUGGUGCUGUUUGUGACCUGAGUGAAGUAGAGUCGAGCGGUGACGGAGACAGAUUGGAGGAUAUGACGGAUGAAGAACGAGCAGAAGAAGAAAGGUGUGAUUAUGAGCGCUAUUUUGCGCUCUAUCAUGAUGAGUUUCAGUACCAAGCUUACCAAGAUGAAGAAGCCAAGCGAUUGAUGGCAGAACUUGGUUCAGAUGUUUAUGCAUACAGUCAAGUAGGUUUCAACUACGAUGGUCAAGUGCUGGCGACUGAAGCUACUGCUGUAACAGAUGAACAUGGAGUUGAACCACAGCUUGAGAAUGAUAACAAUCAAAAUAAUGAUCAAGAAGAGCAAAAUACAGGAUAUUUUCCAGAUGCCGAUGAAGACACAUUUGUGCCUCCUCCUGAACUUAAUGUUCCUCAAGGAAUGAUUGUGCCUGAAACGGUGAAGCAAAACAAGAUUAUUGUGAAGACUUCCAAGUUCAUCGUUGCUCAGGGCGGUCAGAUGGAAAUAGUUAUAAAGACCAAGCAGGCUGGCAACCCUAUGUUCAGCUUCUUAUCCUUUGACAACCCCCUUAAUGCUUAUUAUAAGCACAUGGUGGCAAUGAUCAAGAAUGGCAGGUUUCGUCCUGCUGAUGAAGUUGAACGUGUGAAGAGUAGAAGGGACAGCGAUGGAAAUGGGGGUCAGUACCUGCAUCCGAGUCUUUCUGCAGGCAUUAAGCCAGACCUUGCUCCAGGGACCCCCAUCCCUGUUCACAAACCAUCUGCAGAUUGUGCAUAUUCGAAGUUAAUUCAUAAAAUAAAGGAGAAGCAAAAAAAUUCAGCUGUAGUGGAGAGAAUAGACUCUCCUGCACCUGCUUCUCCAAUUGUUGCCGUUGUUCCUCCUGCAGCCUCCACGCCUGUAUCCACACCUGUUGCAGCAACUGAUACCCUUGACCCACACGUUCAGGAGAAAAAGAAAACUAUUUCAGAUAUCACACCAGUUGGAUCGCCCAAGGUUACAAGUCUAGUUGACUAUCCUUCUUUCAAUAGAACCAAAGGAUAUGAUUCUGAUGAUGAAUUGGAUGGUAAACCAGACAAUUCAAAUAGUAAUGCUGAAAGCACUAGUGAAUAUAGCAAUAUAAAGUGGCCUCCACCAGAUGUCCAGAUGGUUAUUGAUAAGAUGGCAAGUUAUAUCAUAAAGAAUGGCGAUGAUUUCGAGGCCAUGGUGCGCAGUCGAGAUGAUCCCAGAUUCAGCUUCCUUAAAAAAGAUCACGAGUACUUUCCAUACUACCGCUGCAAGAUUCGCUUAUACAAUGAAGUGUAUGGAGAUAUCUUCAAGGAGGGUGGAGAGCAUAGUGUACACCCUGACAAAUACCCAUCACUGGGUAGCAAUGAAGGAGGAAUUGGAGGAGAAAACGGUGCUGGUGGCAGCACCGGCAGUGCAGUAGUAGGGUGUGGCAGUGUUGGAUUGAACAGUGGCGGCAACAAUGGUGCUAGCAGCAGCAGUAGCAACAACAAAAAGGAAAAACGUGUUAACAGCAAGCAGCCCUCUACCAUUAGCUUUUCAAUUAAAUCUCGGGAGCAAGAAGUUAACCUUGAUCGUCAUUCCACUUUCCCCGUGGAAUCUUCCUCGUCAGAUGAUGAAGAUCUGGACGAAGAUGAAAGAGAACGAAGAAGAAUAGAAAGAGAAGAGAGGAGGAGGAAAAGAAAAGUAAAAGAGAAGGAAGAGAGAGAGAGACGUGAUCGGGAAGAAAGAGAGCGCAGAGAAAAGGAAGAGCGUGAAAAGAUGAUGGAAAAGACGGAAGAGUCGACAGAUGCAUCCGGUGAUAAUGAGGAUGUUUAUGACAUCUUUAAAUAUGCACAAGAGAUGGGUAAUGAAGCUGAUGCAGAAGAACACACUCGCAGUGAAAAACUUCAUGACGACGAACGCUCUAGAGACAGCAGCAUUGGGUUGCAUCAUGAUAAAUCUCACAGCAUAUCACCUGGGCCCUCUCGCAGCUCACCCCGCGUGUCUCAUCCCGAGAGAAAACAGCAAGAAAGGAGGAAGAAAGCAGCCAUGUUCCUUUCCCGCCUGAAGAAAAAUGGAGAAGAGGAAGUGCCUGUACAGCCUGUUUAUGGACCACAGCUGCCACCAGAAAUGGCUGCUCAGAUAUUGAACUCUGCUUCACAGUCGCCACGCUCUUCACUUGCAAGCACUAGACACUCUUCCCCAUCACGAUCUCGAUCUCACUCGACCAGUCCUGGACCCGGAAUCCCCAUGCCCCCGAGAGAGGCACCAGCCCCUCCACCACCGCCACCUGCUCAGUCUCCCUCACCUUCUAGGGGAACAGAAAUGCUCGAUUCAUUCUCUGGCAUUGCAAAAAAUAAUUGGGCCUCCAUUCCAGAGCCUCCAGUUGGUACUGAGUUAGUAGAGCGGUCUAAAACUGCAAACGUGAAAGAGGCAACUGUUUUGUCGGGGACAAGCGAGGAUGGGUGUAGAAGUCAAAGUUUGGAAAGUAGGAGAAGCAAGUCCCGGCCAAUAGAAGUGCCUCACCGGGAAAAAACACGAAGUCGUAAGAAGCAGCGUCACGGACGGUCAGAAAGUCGCUCUCCCAGUAGUCGGCGAGAUAAAAAGAAGCGGAAGAGAUCGAGGUCAAGGUCACGUAGGCACAAGAAACGUCGCUCUCGCUCUAGGUCUCCCAAAACUCACAGCCGGUCAUCUCACAAGAAGAAGCGCCGCAAGCACAGUACUCGUCAUGAACGAGGGGACAGAAGGAGCAAAAAGUCGCGUAGACGGAGCGUUUCAUCCUCAUCGUCAGAUUCCUCUGGUCCUUCCUCCUCCUCCUCUAGUUCCACAACGCCAUCAGAUAAUGAAGUACAAGUAAUAGAGUCUCCAGUCCACAGCAAGAGAGAAUCCCGGGCUUCAAGUGUGGUCAGUGUUGGCCCUUCUGACCUCUCUCAUCUUGGUUCAUCGUUCAACAGAAUUGCUGAAGAAUGCAUAUCACUUCCAUCCACGCCUCCCUUACCGCCAGUACCUGCAAGUCCUGUUACUGCUCGCCUUGCUCCCAUUGCAGAAGAGAAACCCGGAAAUGGUGAUAGUCUUGAUGUGGCAGGAAGUGACGAAGAAGUGAAGGAGGAGAAAAAGGAUGAAAAGUCAGUCUUUAAUCCCCUGAGUAGUGCAGCCAUGGCAAAAAUUGCUCUGGGUUUGCGUGCCAAGGUUCAUGCUUUACUGGACAAGGAGAGCAAAUUGUGAAGUCCAACACAUCAGCAAAUUGUAGAAUAGUAUGAUGUCCAGAGUUUGUGAUAUAGAUUGUCUUCGGUGAUUGCUUGUGGUGAAACCCACAAGGGUAAUUUCAUUAUCACAAAUUUUCUAUUUAAAAGUUUUCAUUAUUACUAAUAUAAAUGCAGUGUAUGUAUAUAUAUAUGUACAUAUUUUUUUCACUAAGCAUUCUUACUUUAAGUGACUUUUGGAUAGUUUAUUCAUUGACUUGUAGGGGGUUUUGUAAAAAAAAUAAUAAAUGUGAUUUUAUAAGCUGUUUUUGCUGGCCUAUAAGUCGGGCCUGGCCUCAUGCCGGGCUCAUGGGCGUAGAAGAACUCCUGAAACACACUGCAGGUGUAAGUAAUCAUAAUUGGACAUGUUAAACUGUGUGCCUGCCAACCCUUUCAGGCAUAGUCAGUGGGACAAUUGUGUUACGGGAAUGAAGCUGAUAGUGAAGUUGUUUGAAUAUUUGUUCUGUAGACAUUCAUAAGUGUUAGUUUAUUACACCAGGGUGCUUCCAUCUCGGUUGGAUACACUGUUGACAAUGUCACUGUUAAUUUGGAAAAUGUUUUGUGGUAAUGUGAUCAAUUUGGAUGUUAAAAUUUGUUUAGCAAAUGGUUGCAUUUCACAUUAUUAAUCUGUUCCACAUUA